AUGAUGAACAAGUUGCCAUGGCAAUGGGUAUGCUCAAUCUAUCAAGCCAAGGCCACCACGGUGGUUCAUAAGUCAACUGUGGCCCGAACGUGGACAAACAUAGGCAUUCUCAGGAAGUGUGAUGCUGCUGGGGUUUUAGGGCUUCUUCUGGAGCAAAAGCUUACAGCUGCUUUACGAAUUCUGGUGUUUGGUGCAUCCACUACUCUAGAGAGCUUGGUCAGAUUCUGUGAUGCAAUCUGA